CAGAUUUGGAAGGAACUGUGCAACGUAGUGGGUUCUUUGUGAAAGCACAGCAAUGAGAAAAGCCACAGCAACAUCCUCCGGGUGCCCAGAACACGGGCCCCGGGGCAGCUGUGCGCCUUAGCCCUGUUUUCUGCAGAGGGUGCAAAACUGGAAGUGGCGUGGCCCUGAGGCUGGGGCUUCAGACGACACCCAGGACUCUCCUCCGAGGUAGCAGCCCCUGGAGAAGAUUAGCCGUUCUCUGAUGAAGCCUGGAAUGGUCCCCCCUCCGCCUGGAGAGGAGAGCCAGACCGUCGUCCUUCCCCCGGGCUGGCAGAGCUACUUGUCCCCGCAGGGCCGGCGCUACUAUGUCAACACGACGACCAAUGAGACCACCUGGGAACGCCCCAGCAGUUCUCCUGGGAUUCCAGCCAGCCCUGGCCCUCACAGGAGCUCUCUGCCUCCAACAGUGAAUGGAUACCACGCAUCAGGGACCCCAGCGCACCCUCCAGAGACUGUCCACAUGAGUCUCCGAAAACCCACCGGUGAUUCCCAGAACCUGGGAUCCUCGUCACCAGGCAAAAAGCAGAGCAAGGAAAACACCAUCACAAUAAACUGCGUGACCUUCCCUCACCCAGACACAAUGCCUGAACAGCAGCUGCUCAAGCCAACCGAGUGGAGCUACUGUGACUACUUCUGGGCUGAUAAGAAGGACCCCCAAGGCAACGGCACCGUGGCUGGGUUUGAACUGCUGCUGCAGAAACAGCUCAAGGGCAAACAAAUGCAGAAGGAGAUGUCUGAAUUCAUCCGGGAAAGGAUAAAGAUUGAGGAAGAAUACGCGAAGAACUUAGCUAAGCUCUCUCAGAACUCCUUGGCGGCACAGGAGGAAGGCUCCCUGGGAGAAGCGUGGGCCCAGGUGAAGAAGAGCCUUGCAGACGAGGCAGAAGUUCACCUCAAGUUCUCCGCCAAGCUUCACAGCGAGGUGGAGAAGCCCUUGAUGAACUUCCGCGAGAACUUCAAGAAAGACAUGAAGAAGUGCGACCACCACAUCGCCGACCUCCGCAAGCAGCUCGCCAGCCGCUACGCCUCGGUGGAGAAGGCCCGGAAGGCCCUCACAGAGCGGCAGAGAGACCUGGAGAUGAAGACCCAGCAGCUGGAGAUCAAGCUGAGCAACAAGACGGAGGAGGACAUCAAGAAGGCGCGGAGGAAGUCCACCCAGGCCGGAGACGACCUCAUGCGCUGCGUGGACCUCUACAACCAGGCCCAGUCCAAGUGGUUUGAAGAGAUGGUGACCACCACGUUGGAGCUGGAGCGGCUGGAGGUGGAGAGGGUGGAGAUGAUCCGGCAGCACCUGUGCCAGUACACGCAGCUGCGGCACGAGACGGACAUGUUCAACCAAAGCACAGUCGAGCCUGUGGACCAGCUGCUCCGGAAAGUGGACCCAGCCAAAGACAGAGAGCUGUGGGUCCGAGAGCACAAGACGGGCAACAUCCGCCCCGUGGACAUGGAGAUCUAGCGGGCAUGUGUGGCCCCAGGGGUUCUGCCGAGGACAGGGACUGGGGGGUUCCACAGAGCGGAGGUGGCGGCUCCCAUUGGGGGGCUGUUGCUGAGUGGAGCUGCCCUCCCACCCACACUCCUGGCAUCCUGAAGAGUGGGGAGAGCACUGGUGAUUCCCAAGGGGCAAUCCAGGCAACCCAGCUGGGGGCUCCCCCAUAUUCCCAGGCCAAGAAGACGGACCCGCAGCCUUGCCCUUGUCUCCAAGGCCGAAGCCCCCCAACUCCCAUGUUGUGCUUGCAGCUCUGAGAACAAGCUGAAGCUGGAACUUGGCGGUCCCUGCUGAGCUCCAUAGGGGGGUUGCUGCCACACGCUUGUGCCCCUGGAAGCCCCAAGGCCCUUUUUCCAGCUGGCUCCUUGUCUGUAGAGCUUUGUAGGUUCAGGGGAGGGAGGUCUCUGUCUCUAAGCCAAGCAGCAGGAUCAGAACCGUGGCUAGAAGUUGCGUUCGACCCAUAGUCCUCACCCAGAAUCCUUUGCAACACUCCCUUUUUGUUUUCCCGUUGCGUUCUGGGAGCCCGCAGCUGGCUUUUCUCGGCCACUUUGCAUCACCAGGUGUCUUGGGAAGAAGCCUGACUCCUGUCUUCCCAUAUCAACCCUGCCUGGGGAGAUCAGGAUGGAACUACCUCAUUCGGCAAAUUAGCCCCAAGUCCGAGCAUGGACUCACGUUUCCCAUCAGAUCAGGCAUUGUCUAUAAAGUCUCCUUGGGAGUCCCAAUCCCCCAGCCCUCGACUGCUUCCCCAAGGAAACCCCCAGCCCUACCCCCCCCCCCACUCCACUCCUUCCCAGGCUUAUUGAAGGAAGCAUUCCAAAGUUCUCAGGACUGGGUCUACUGCACAAACAUUCAGAGGCUUCAGGAUGGAAAUGACAGCUCAUCUCCAAGGCCAGCCAGGCACUGAGGGCCAGCUGGGUCUGUGUGUGUGUGUGUGUUGGGGGGGGGUGGCCACCCUGGGCUUCCCAACGUGGGCUCUACUGACCUGGGUCAGUCCUAUGUGGGAGAUGGAUCAGGCAAGUCUCUGUUGUCUCCCAGAUGGCUCCAUCUGCUUGUGGUGCUGGGACUGCCUAGACUGCCAGGACUGAGGUACACAGACUCUCUUAUGGCCACAGUAGGUUGUCCUGCCCCACCCCCUUGGCCUCAGCUCCUUCUACAUGUCCCAGGGCCCUCUACCUCUCCCCACUGUCUCCAUCUUCCAGUUCCUAGGAAAGUCUAGGUUGGGUGUGACUUGGGAAGCUUCAUUGCUUCCUGUGGAUCCCACCUCAUCAUCUCAGAGAAUCAGCCUGGGAUGGCAGGGAGGGUGCUGGCAGGAGAGAAGAGCCUGCAGGAAGUCACCCAGCGAAUGAGGGGCAGAUUCCAGCCGGGAACCCAUGGCCCAAGAAUCCAUCUUCCUUGACUUUCCCAUUGGUUACUUUGGAAUCGUCCUGUAUAUCUCCCACGAGGGCAGAAUUCUAUGAGCACAAUUCCCUGGGCUUUCUCUUAGUCUCACGUGCUCAUCCCGGAUGACUCUUUCAUCUUGGAUCUUUUAGUACCUCUUUUGUUGAGUCGGAAUUGCUCUCUCAUGGUUUAUAUUGGAAAGAGGCCCUAAUAUUACUAAAGCGAGCCAAACUUGGUCUCUUCUUAUUGAAACAUCUCCACCAAAAAGACCAGCAUGAAAACCUUUGCCGCCAUGAAGGUCAACCUGGUAGAAUCUAUCCCUGGGUGAAGAGUUGUCCUUCCAGAUCUGGGGUAGGACCAUGGCAGCAGUUAGCAAUUUUAGGAGAUUGUUUCUUGGUUUCCUUAGUAAAAAUGGGUGCUAGUGAGAAUUGCUUCGUGGCUCAGUAAACUGAUUUGUGGAUGGUUCUCAAGCAUUCAAACCAGUAGCCUUGUUACUAACACAGAUACAUCACAUGCAGGUGGCUCAUUGACUGUGUGUUCUUAUUCUCAUGUGAGGAUCCCAGAGCCCUCCAUUCACCCCUGGGAUGGAGUGAGUUUUCUUGCCUCUUCCAGGACCAAGUUAGCCCCAUCUGGGCUAGUCAGUUUUCUGAGAUCGUUUUCAUGACCUCAUCUCCUCACCUCCUUCUCCUUAGCCUCUUAAAAAAAUUCCUUUACCCUUUUUUUUCUUCUUAUUCCUUUAUCAGACACUUACUUGAGGCCAGGCAACGUGCUAAGAUCUAAUCUGAGGACAAGAUAAGGCCCAGUCAUCAGGGAAGCCUACAAUCUCUUGUUUUGUGUAGACGUCUCUCUUUCCCAAGGGCCCCAUGGGCCAGCAACCUCAGCAUGCUCAUGCACCUGCAGGUAUGCUGCAGAAUUUAGGCUUUCAGAGGUCCUGUCUGUUGUGCUGAUUUGCUGUAUUCAUUCAUUCAUUCACUCAUUCAUUUAUUCAGCAGAUGCUUAGGACUAGCCAGGCAUUGAGUGGCGGGACUGUAGUUGCAUGUAAGGUAAGCACUAUCCUGCCCCCUCUAUUCCCCACGUAGACAGGGAGCUGUUUAGACCUUUCUGGAAAAUAAGGAUAUUGCACCCUUUCCACAUCUACCCACUGCAAUUGUUUAAUUAUAGUGGGAACUUCAACAUGAAGUGUUAACCUAGUGCAUAGAAGGGACACAGGAUAAGACCUUCAUGACCUGGUCAGCAGACCUUCACAGCCCAUGUCCAGACUCCCAAGUACAGGACUGUUUUUUGUUGGUCUUUUAAACUCUCCUCGCCUUACACAUAGGAUGAGUGAAGGCCCAGGACAGCGAGUGAGGACUGUGAAAUGACACAGGGAAACCACAGCAGGGCUGGAGCCGAGAGUCCAGGCCCCUUGUUCUUACUAGCAGCCGCCUCCUCUGGGUGAAAUCACUGUUAGGAUGAAGUCUAGAAUCAUCUCAAAGUGUACUUCGGAGUGGCAAGGACACUACCCAGGUUGCCGUUUGUGUUUACGUUUUGGUGCUUAGGUAAUGAGUGGAUUUGGUAGGGUUUGUUCAUGGGGGGAAGUGAGUGUGGGCUCUUUUUGAAAACGUCCAUGGUUCAGUUUCUGAGAACAGGUUUGUCUCUGAACACCUGCUUUAACACAAGACAGAAAACCCUCUAAGACAGUGGUGUUCAAGAAUGAGUCAGUCGCCAUGUCAACCUGCAGGAAAGGCCACUCGCUACCCUUUGUUUGGUCUAGUGCUUUUGAUCAGUACUGACUGCGACGCUGGGGCCAUGUGAGUCAUGUGAACGGCGGCCCUGAGAUGCUGUCACUGGAACUACCUGGCCUCCUCCCCACCUCCACCCAACACCCUGUUGACCAAGGAGGAUUUCUGCAAUGAGAAGUUCUGCUCUGCUUGUCAGAGCAGAUAAAUGGCUGAAGCAAACAGGAACAGCACAAGCUCACCAGCCAGGAGUUUGUUGCUAUUCCCUUGGUGAAAACCAAUCAAUUAGUGGAUUAGUGGAUGGAUACAUAAAAGCUUUGGCUGAGCCAAAACCCAUUUCUUGGAAAUACAAGCCAUAAAAUUAAGAGGCCAUCCCAGACCUUGGCUUGUGUAGGUCAUUUUACUUCCAACUGUGAGUAGCCUUGACAAGGAGUUUAAACAGGCGCCUGAAGACCUGCUCAUGAUCACGCAGGUAGGGAAGAGCACUUUAUAAAUGCUAAAUGGGGCACAGAUGAGCAGCCUGAUUGCUUAGCUGGGACACCAUCCUGUCCCCCGAGUCCUUCCCUGCAAGGCCCCCUGCCGCCACCUUUUUUCCAGAGUCGAUGAGGUAUUGUUGGCAUUCCGUAAAAUUCACUCUUUAGAAGUUACAGUUCUAUGAAUUUCAACAAACUUUUACAGUCUUGUAACUAGCACCAAAAUCAACAUAAUAUUUCCAUCACUCCAGAGAACUUUAUGCUCCUUUUCAGUCAAUGCCAUCUUCCCACCAUCCACCCCUGGUAACCCUGAUCAAUUUUCUGACCCUAUAGUUUUGCCUUUACUAGAAUGUCAUGGAGGUGGGGUCAGAGUGGUGUAGACUUUUGAGUCACCCAUGAUGAUGAUGAUGAUGAUGAUGAUGAUGAUGUGUGUGUGUGUGUGUGUGUGUGUGUGUGUGUGUGUGUGUGUGUGUGUGUGUCCUUUUUCAUUGCCAAGUAGUAUUCCAUUGCAUGGGCAUACCACAUCCAUUCUUUAUUUUUAACAUGAGUCUUUUGCCUUGGAUGUUCCCACUCCCAGGUAUUCAACUUGUUUUCAUGAUCACUUCUAACUUGCCACCUACUAGUGGCUCCCCAACUCCUUCUCCAGAUGUCAGCUGUACCCACAAGUGUUUCUUGGGACUCACACUCUCUUUUUCAGUUCAUGUUAGGUGUUCAGUGGGCCAGAGAGUAGCCAGAGAUUGGGGUCAAAAGGACGGCAGGGUCUCUCUUUCCUUCACUUCUGCAUCUCAGCCAAUAGAUCCACUCCCUUCUGGAAACUGGGAACAGUGAAUGACAAGUAGAAGUUUUAUGGACCAGAAGGCUGGGGCUGACCCUUCAGCUCACCAUGACCCUUUCCUGGAUUUGUUGCUUCAUCUGCAAACUUAGAAUGCUUUAUUCUAGAUGGGCUUGCAGACUUCUUGAAUUGAUCCUUCCUUCUCACUUCCAAUUUUACACCCUAGACAUGUGGUCAUGCCUCAUCUUGGUCUUAUCUGCACCAUCAUAAAUAGAGUUGCCUAAGAUCCUGUGAGAGCCAUGCCCUGGCACUUCUCCACUUAGACUUAAGUGGAGCUAAAAUGAAGAGUUUCAUGAGCUGUUAAGAAUGGGGUACUUCCUCCUAGGACCCCCAGAGGAAGCUAAGUCAUUACCUUUUGGGUCUCAUCUAAUCUUUGAUAGUGUAUCUUGGAGUCUAUUCCCAGGAGCCAGGACAGGCAUGGAGAUUGGGCCACCUUCUGGUGGUCUUUGCCAUUGCUGGAGCUUUGCUCAGCUGGUGGUCCCUUUGAGCCUGGCCCACUCUGCAUAUGGCAACAGAGAUAGGACCAAACCCAGCAAAAGCCAGGCCAGGCUCUGAGUGCAUCGCCCAAGGUAAGCACUGCUCCAGCUGGUGUCCAUGCCCUGCGUGGUGAAACGUGAGUCCCAGAAGGCACCAGACACCCCUCCAAGGGAACCGGAGACAUUCCCAGAUCCAGGCCAGGUGGAAGUCAGGCUGGGAAGUCUAAGCCCACAGGGUUCCAAGGUGGAAGCUGAGGCUCUACACUGCCAAGACUUCUGGGUUGAAUUUUUUCAAGGAGGACUCUCAGUAUCUGUAGGAGAAUUAUUUCUGCUUGGGGCUUUGCUGCAAGUGAGGGGCCAACUGUGGCAGCAGGUUAGGGUGAGAGCAUGACAGAGGACAAACCCAAGGCGCAUUUCCCUGAACCUUCCAGAGGCUGGAGUGUCUAGGAGGAGGGGGUUGUGAUAAUGACCCUGGAGACUCCCUGUGUGGUGUUUGAGGACGUGGAUGCUUUGGGUUGGAGACAAUGAGACUGCAGUGGUGAAUGAAGGGUCAGGGCAUUGGGAUGUUCUCAUGGGGACCCAAAGGGAUGCCUUUGGGCCAGGGGGAGAGCACAGGUCUGGUUCUGCUGCCCCAUUUGUCCCAUCACCUGAAGUGAAGUCACAUCCCCUGUAGGGUGUGUAUAUCAUUUGUCCAGUGGGGGCACUUCCCUUCCAGCACCACCUGCAGCAGACUGGCUUUUGGGAGUCGUGGCUUCCAGGAGACCAUGUGGACCCAGGGACAGACAUUCAAAGGGACACCAGCUAUCCUUGGUGACAGGGGCCCCAAAUUCACAUCUCUUCCCUUCCCUUAGGAGAGAUGACCAGAGGCAGCCCCUCCACAGACACGGGCACAUCAGCAAACCCCAUGAACGUGGAAUUUUCUAACAAAAUAAACUGGCUUGUUUGGUCUGUUUUCUGUAACUUUUGCUAAAUACUUUAUACAUUUUUAAUGUUAAAAAGCCGUGUCUUCUGCCAGCAUUCCUCGCCCCGGUAUGAAUGUGUUUACCCCACAUUGUAUAUCCUCCCAUCCUCUGGCUGCCUAGAUCAGUAAAUAAAAUCGAUGUAAUAUAAUUUAUAAGUAACACUGUUGAAACUCUGACCCCUAUGGACGCUGUAACCUGCCCUCCCCCACCCCUCACCCCCUGUAAUAGCAUUCGUGUGUAUUAAUGCUGAAGAAGUCAAUGUUUAAAGAGUUUAAAUUUUGAAGGCGUUUGCUAUAUAUAAUUGUCCUGCAUUAUUAUAAAGAGUUUUCAAGAAGUUAAA